GUGAUUACUCAAAAAUGCCAAAUGAAUGGCAGACCUAUGUGUAUCGUAAUCAGAUUGUUGUAAAAAAUGGCAAAAACUUACGAUUAUUUAUUUAAAUUACUUUUGAUAGGAGAUUCUGGUGUGGGAAAAACAUCUAUAUUAUUCAGAUUUUCAGAAGAUGCUUUCAAUAUUUCAUUUAUCUCGACUAUUGGUAUUGACUUUAAAAUUCGUACGAUAGACUUGGACGGGAAAAAAGUAAAAUUACAAAUAUGGGACACUGCUGGUCAGGAGAGAUUUCGUACAAUCACAACAGCAUACUACCGUGGUUCUAUGGGCAUAAUGCUUGUUUAUGAUGUAACAAAUGAAAAGAGCUUUGAAAAUAUUAAGAAUUGGAUCAGGAACAUUGAAGAAAAUGCCAGUGCUGAUGUUGAAAAGAUGAUUCUUGGAAACAAGUGUGAUUUAGAGGCUAAAAGACAGGUAUCAAAAGAGCGAGGUGAACAGUUAGCCGUAGAAUAUCAGAUUAAAUUUAUAGAAACUUCAGCGAAAGACUCCUUAAAUGUAGAGUCGGCGUUUUAUACCCUAGCAAGAGAUAUCAAGGCGAAAAUGGAGAAGAAACAGGAGGCGAGUAACCCAGCGGGCGCGAGGUCGGGCGCGCACCAGAUCCGUGCCAACGAGCAGCAACGCAAGCCGACGUCGUGGCUGUCCCGCUGCAGCUUGCUCUGACGGCGCCCCGCCGCGCCGCGCCCCCCGCACCGACCCUACCCGCUCCACGUACAACGCGAACAAUAUCAUCAAGUAUUAUCUCCCUUCAGACAGCCCUACUCGCUCCAAUGUCUCUCUCACUGACUCGGGUUUGCCAUCCAACAUCGCCAUAAUAAUUAUACUCAACGCGUAGGGUUACCAUCACCCACCAACUAUAUUUUUCGAUCUUUUUAAUACUGGUGCAUCUACUCCAUUGGGGGAUCAGACUUGCUUUUUGUAUUUUUAUAUCCGCGACUAUGCAACCUACUUCGACGUUUAGUUGAAACAAAACAGUAUUCUGUGCGAAAAUUACCUUGUACAUUUGUUUACAUUUGAAGUGACGAUUUAUUUUUAUAUUAGGGCGAAAUUAAGGUGUUAUCAUCAUUACAAAUAAUGGUUGGAAGGUUUAUUUCAAUAGAUUGUUUAGCUGUACUUUUCCUUUUGCUAUUUUAAUUAAGAUAUAUAUUUUAAUGUAAUAUAUAAUAUUUAAUUUGAAUAAAGUGCUUUUUUACA